CGGGAGAAGCCGCCUCGCCGCCGCGGGUGCGAGUGUCCCAGCAGAAGCACUCACUCGGGCAACCCGGCCCGACGGCCACGCUCUCGGAGGCCUUUGGUGCCAGCCUGGCCUCCCUUCGCUAACUUGGGCAAGUUUGACGAGAGACAAACGUCUCAGUUCUCGCUCUCCCUCCCUCCCAGCGGGUCCCGCUGCAGCGCCCCGGGCCGCCGCGACCACAGCCCUGAGAGCACCGCUGCCCGGCGCGCUCGGCCGGCGGGGAGGGUUGGCCCCUAAACCCGCUAGUCCAGCCCAACCGCCCCGGCGGCUUCUCCCAGCCCUCGGGGCUCUCCGGGGCGGCCUGGAGAGACGUCGAGCGCAGCCCCAACUCCCGCCUGCUCGCCCGCCUCGGCCCCGGGAGGGAGCUUUGGGCCGGUGCGGGUCCGGGGGCCUCCGCGGCCUGGGGCAAAGCGGGUCCGGGGGUCUGGCCAGCCCGGCGGCCCCCGGGAGGCCGCGGGGACAGUACAGAGCGCGCGCCCUUGGAUGCGGUCCCGCAGCGACGCCCCGGCCCGCCCCGCUCCUCCUCCUGCCUGGUCAAGCUGCCUCCCAUUUGGGAAGUUUUGUGGGUUUUCUUUCUCCUCCUCCAACCUUGGCGGAGGCCACGACUCAAGCGCCACAGCCGGGGGCGGCCUCCUAGCCUGGAGGCCGCGGACCAUGGUUCAGGGCAGCCACCGCUGAAGUCAGCAAAAGCGAGCCUAGCCUGAAGCAGGCUGCACGGGAGGCCAAGGCCAUGGCCAUUGCCACGUCGGCCCAGCUGGCCCGGGCACUGUAUGACAACACCGCUGAGUCCCCCCAGGAGCUGUCCUUCCGCCGAGGGGAUGUUCUACGGGUACUGCAGCGGGAGGGCGCUGGCGGGCUGGACGGCUGGUGCCUCUGCUCCCUGCACGGUCAGCAGGGCAUUGUGCCCGCCAACAGAGUGAAGCUCCUUCCUGCUGGCCCAGCACCCAAGCCCAGCCUCUCCCCGGCGCCCCCAUCCCAGCCUGGUUCACCAUAUGCAGCCCCAGAUCACGGCAAUGAGGACCAGGAGGUAUAUGUGGUGCCACCUCCAGCUCGGCCCUGGCCUACCUCAGGACCUCCGGCUGGACCCUGCCCACCCUCCCCUGACCCCAUCUACAAGAUCCCCAGAAGCAGUGGGACCCAGCUGGCUGCCCCCGGAGAUGUCUUGGAGGUCUACGAUGUGCCCCCAACUGCCCUCCGGGUUCCAUCCAGUGGCCCCUACGACUGCCCUGCCUCCUUUUCCCCUCUGGCCCGGGCUGCUCUGCAGUCCCCUGGAGAGGAUGAAGCUCCCUACGAUGUGCCUCUGGCCCCGAAGCCACCUGCAGAGCUGGAGCCAGAUCUGGAGUGGGAAGGGGGCCGGGAACCAGGGCCCCCCCUCUAUGCUGCCCCCUCCAACCUGAAACGGGCAUCAGCCCUCCUCAACCUGUAUGAAGCGCCCGAGGAACUGCUGGCAGAUGGGGAGGGCGGGGGCACUGACGAGGGUAUCUACGAUGUGCCCCUGCUGGGGCCGGAGGCUCCCCCUUCUCCAGAGCCCCCAGGAGCCUCAGUCUCCAAUGACCUGGACACCUUGGCCCGGCUUCUGGCCCCAUCCCCACACAGGCCCCGGCUGCCCUCAGCUGAGAGCUUGUCCCGCCGCCCUCUGCCUGCCCUGCCUGUCCCUGAGGCCCCCAGCCCUUCUCCAGCUCCCUCUCCUGCCCCAGGCCGUAAGGGCAGCAUCCAGGACCGGCCUCUGCCCCCACCGCCACCCCGCCUGCCUGGCUAUGGGGGCCCUAAGGUCGAGGGCGAUGCAGAGAGCAGGGAGGUGGAAGACGAUCCAGCAGGGCUACACAAUGAGUAUGAGGGCAUUCCAGUGGCCGAGGAGUACGACUAUGUCCACCUGAAGGGCAUGGAUAAAGCUCAGGGAUCUAGGCCCCUCGAUAAGGCUUUUGCAGGGGAUCCUGAACUGCUGGAGAAGGGGCUGCCGGCCCAGCAGGAGGCCCUGUCCCCAGGGGAGCCGUUGGUUCUGUCCACCGGAGACCUACAGCUUCUGCACUUCUAUGCAGAGCAGUGCCAGAACCACUACUCGGCGCUGCAGGCAGCUAUGGCGGCCCUGAUGUCCAGCACCCAGACUAACCAACCCCCACGCCUCUUCGUACCCCACGGCAAGAGGGUGGUGGUGGCUGCUCACCGCCUGGUGUUUGUUGGGGACACGCUGGGCCGGCUGGCGGCCUCUGCCCCUUUGCGAGCACAGGUUGGGGCUGCAGGUACAGCGCUGGGCCAGACAUUGCGGGCCACUGUGCUGGCUGUCAAGGGGGCCGCCCUGGGCUACCCAUCCGGCCCUGCGGCUCAAGAGAUGGUGCAGUGUGUCGUGGAACUGGCGGGUCAGGCCCUGAAGUUCACCACCCUGCUCACCAGCCUGGCCCCCUGAGGGGCCCUUGGCACAUUUCUGCCCCUCUCCUGCCUGCCAAAGCCCCCUCCAGUCCUUGGGUGGCUGGAGGGCUCUGUUUUAGGGACUAGGAGAGGUGGUGGUAUCUUUCCCCUUUCCUGCCCCUUCCUGUCAUCUCAGCCUUUCACAGAGGCAUCUCCUCCCCCAACCCGCAGCUUUUUGUACGAGCCAUUUUGUAUAAAUUAUUUAUAUUUAAUAUUAUUCCCUGCUUUGUCAGGGGCAGGCAUCAGGCCCUCUGGGGCAGGGAGGCACUUGACUCUUCUCCUCCAGCAUAGGGUGGCAGUCAUUGCACUGCCACCCACCUCUGGAAGCUUGCCUGCCCAGAGAAUGAGAGGGGCAGAAACCUGGGGCUACAUGGAGCUUCUCUCUGUUUCUUGGCUCUGGAACAUCAGUGCCACACUGUUAGCUGAGAGUAAGGGCAGGACGUGGACUGCACAGAACGAGAAGAUUUGGGAGAGACCAGGCUGCUCCUCCCCUCCAAAGGCAGGAGAGGGCUGGGCUCAGGUGUGGCCGUGCACCUCAAUAAACCCUGUUGUCUGC